CAAUUUUUUGCAACAAUAAGCUACUUUCGAAAAUGGCUGUGGAAGCGAAACACGAGCAUGGCACUGCUCGUCUAUUGGUAAAAUAUCCCCAAACAGAGUGGGGCUGCAGCUUUGCUUCACUUUCCUGUCAAGCUUCGGAACUUGAAUCAUACGCUAAAGAGGUGGAAGCACUUAAAGAAAAGGUGAAAGAUAUGUUAUUGCAGCCAACACAAGAGUUAACCAAGAAAAUUGAGUUGAUCAAUUUAUUAUUCCGUCUUGGUGUGUCAUAUCAUUUUAAGAAUGAAAUUGAAGAACAACUUAAUCAUAUUUUCAUUGCUCUUCCAAAGCUUCUUGAUGACGAUAAUGACUGUGACCUCCAUACUGUGGCAAUUCUAUUUCAAAUUCUAAGACAAUAUGGAUAUAAAGUGUCUUGUGAUGUGUUCAACAAAUUCAAGGAUGAUGGAGGGUUCGAGAAAACUAUCGCAAGUGAUGUGAAAGGCCUCCUUAGCUUAUACGAAGCUACCUUUUUAAGUGUUCAUGGAGAAGAUAUUUUCGAUGAAGUUGUUCCUUUUACAAGGCAACACCUGGAAACCUUAGUUGCGCAAUCAAGCCCUCAUCUUGCAAACUAUAUGAGAAAUGCUUUGAAGCAACCAUUCCACCGUAGCAUAGAAAGAGUAGAGGCCAAGAAAUACAUAGUCUUCUAUGAAGGAGAGGAGUCUCGGGAUGAAACUCUGCUUAGGUUUGCAAAGCUGGACUACAAUCGAGUACAAUUAUUAUACAGACAAGAGCUGGCCUCACUCUCAAGAUGGUGGAAGGACUUGGAUGUGGCGGAAAAGCUUCAUUACUCAAGGGACAGGAUUGUGGAGGCCUAUCUGUGGGCAGUUGGACCCCAUUUCGAACCUCAGGAUUCUCUUUCUCGGAUGCUGAUGGCAAAAUCUAUAGAAAUCAUAACAAUAGUAGAUGACACGUACGAUGAAUAUGCUACAAUCGAUGAACUUCAACGUUUUACUGCUGCAAUUGAGAGGUGGAACAUUGGUGCCAUUGAUGAGUUACCAGAAUACAUGAAAGUUCUUUACAAGUUAAUCUUAAACUUUUUUGAUGAAAUAGAAAAGGAUGGCUACAACACUUGUUAUGCGAAGGAGACUUUUAAAGAAAUGGUGAGGUCCAACUAUGUUCAGGCACAAUGGUUUAACGAUGGGUAUAUACCAGCAUUUGAUGAGUACAUGCGCAAUGGAGUAGUGUCAGUUGGGUAUGAAGCAGUUCGAGCAGCAUCCUUCAUUGGAAUGGAAAAUAUUGUAGGGACUACGGAACUCCAAUGGUUAGAAACCAAUCCAAAAAUUGUCCAAGCUGCCAAGUUAAUAAGUCGCCUGAAAAAUGAUAUAGCAGCUCGCGAGAAGGAUGGUCCUUCAACUUUACGUUGCUACAUGAAUGAACACGGUGUAUCACGAGAGAAGGCAAUUGAAGAGUUUAAAAAAAUGUGUGAAAAUGCCUGGAAGGACAUGAAUGAGGAUUGCUUGAAGCCAACUGCUGUGUCUAGGACUUUGCUUAACUACAAUCUCAACAUUGCACGCUCCCUAGAAUUUCUUUAUUUGCACGGCGAUUACUUCACGUAUGCUGUAUGUUUGAAAGAUUACGUUAAAUCAUUGUUCCUGGAGGAACUGCCUCUGUAAGAAAAUGGAUUCAACUUGUGCUUGAUCUUGUUUGGAUCAUGAUGACCAUGAUAAUAUCUCUGUCUGUGUGUUUCUUCGAAAUAAGGCAGACAUCCAAUAGUUGAGUUUUAUGUUGAGGAUUGACCAGUUCUGCGUUUGGGUUUGUAAUAUCGUACUUUUAUUAGUGCUCUAUUGGAUUAAUAAUAUUAAUUAUGCACUUUGUUUUAUUGCA